GAGCAAAAAGUAGAAAACGUUCACGACAGAAGAAGAGGUUUGACGGCAGGUCUUCCGGUUAGCCAAAAUGGCGCAAGGUACGCAGAAGUUUAAAGCUCAACGUCCUAGAGCCGUGAAAAAACAACAACAGAACAAACAGAAGGGACCAAAGAAAGGAGGGAGGAUCAUUGCGCCCAAGAAGGCUCAAGUGAUUCAACAGCAAAAACUCAAGAAGGGUCUGGAAGUCGCCAUCAGGAACAAGAUUGAACAUGAUGUGACUCAGAAGGCGAGCACAUCCCUCCACAAGCCCCUCAAUGUGGUCAAAGGCAAGCCAGGAGCCCCUCAAUCAGGAAGUAGCUCCAAAUAGCGUCGGAUACAAUGGACUUGGAUGAACUUUAUGACUUGACAGGAAACACAAUUUUUGAAAAUCUUAAGGUUCAGGUUACUGCAUCUUAACAGUGACCACAGGUUGCUGACUUCUGCCUCAAUUCUCUGGUCUCUUCAGUUAUGGAAAAAAGUAAACCAGGAGCCAAAUAUGAAUGUGGGAAAUGUAACGCCUUUCCUUCUUUAAAAAGUUAUAUAUUUUUCAAUGUGAUUGAUAGUUGUAUGACCUCAAAACCAAAAUAUGUAAAUGUCCAGAUUUUGAACAGGCAACUGAGAUCUUGUCAACAGACAUUAAAUAAAAGAUAACUUUUAAUCUUAAAA